AUGGACGAAGAAAAGGCCAAGGCCGAGAAGAUGGCUGCGGCCAAGAAGAAGUUCGACCAAAUGCGAAAAGCCAAAGCCAAAAAGGCCGGAGGUGGCGGCAAGAAAGGGGGUGAGGCUGCGAUCCCCGCCCCCGCCACCGAAGAGACCCCCUCCUCGCCAGCAACCCCGACUGCCACCGAUGCGCCCGAGAAGGAAGACAAAGAAGGACAGCAGGAGCAGGAAAAGCUCACCGAGGCGUUCCCCUCCGUCCCGGAAGACACCGCCGCCGAACCGGUCUCCACGUCCACCACACCCUCGCUGUCGCAACAGUCCAAGGCGCGGUCGACCUCGUUCAGACAGGGGUCGGUAUCCAUUUCCAGCGGCGCCCCGCUAUCUCCCGGCGCCGGCACGGGGCUGGGCCUGUUCAGCCCCGAGGGCGAGACCGCGCCGGAUAUCUACCGGAAGCAUGUGCUGCGGAUCGAGGAGCUCGAGAGGGAGAACAAGACGCUGGCGAAGGAUGCCAAGGAUGCAGAGAAGCGAUGGCAGAAGGCAGAGGAGGAGUUGGCGGAUCUGAGAGAGGGCGAGGGUGAAAGUACCGCUGCUGGGGAGGGGGCCGGUGAGGUCGGGAAGUUGAAAAGCGAGCUCGCCGCCCUCCAGCGCCAAAACGCCCAGCUCCAAGCCCAACUCACCCGCCGUCACGGUGCCUCCCCCUCCCUCUCCAUGAACUCCCCGCCCGCCACAACCGAGCUUGAGGCCCAGCUCAGCAGCAAAUCCGCCACCAUCGAAACGAUGGAACUCGAAAUGUCACGCCUCCGCGCCCAAGUUGAGCGGCUCUCCGUCUCCGCCUCAACCCCUUCCGAACAAAUCACGGCCCUCGAAGAAAAACUCGCACGCGCGGAGCAGGCCGCCGGGCUCGCGCAGCGCGAGCUGCACGACGUCAAGGCGGAGCUGGAGCAGGCGUCCAAGAAGGCGGUCAAGGAGGGCUCGGAGCGGGCAUCGGCCGAGACCAAGCUGCGCUCGCUGGAGCAGACCGCCGCCGAGGCCACCGCCGCGCGCGACGACCUCGCCCGCAAGGCCGACGCCCUCGAGAAGAAGGCCGCCACGCUCACCACGCUGCACCGCGAGCAGGACGGCCGCACCCAGGCGCUGCGCAGGGAGAAGGAGCGCGCGGAGAAGGAAGUCGUGGAUCUGCGGGGGAAGCUGGAGAGGGUGGAGGCGGAGAAUGUGAGGUUGAGGAAGAAGGAUGCUGCCGAGGGGGGUGGGGAUGAUGAGGGGGUGGAUGAGCUGGAGGAUGAGGGCCGGUUGAGGCUAGAGCGGAGGAUCAGGGAACUGGAGGCGGAGAAUACGGAGCUGAGGGGCGGGAUUUGGAGGGAGAAGAGGCGCGAGAUGCAGGUCGGGCCUGAUGAGGCUGCUGCUGCUGCGGGAGGGAGGUUUGAGACGGUGGAUCUAGGUGGUGGGAUGGGAUCGCCGCCGAGGAAAGGCGGGGCUGGGUUGGGUGAUUUCUUCACAAGUGGGUUGAAUGCGUUGACGGGCGCUGCUGGCGGCGGGCCUGGGGGACAUGGGCAUCAUGGGCAUGAUGACGGGUUGUUGGAGGACGAUGAUAUGGAGUUUGAUGAGGAAGCGUUCCGGAGGGCGCAGGAGGAGGAACAGAAGAAGAGGAUCGAGAGGAUCAAGGAGAUCAAGCGGUCGUUGAAGAACUGGGAGGGAUGGAGGCUGGAUCUGUUACCAGCAGUCAUCUCAUUUGUGGUGGUAUCCAUCACCCGCCCCGGGGAUAACGACCAUCCAGAAGAACACCACUCAGCUCAUGAAGAGAUGGGAACCCGACCGUGGCCCGGCUACCCAGGCCAGUCUGAGCUCGAUCGCCUAGAGACUAUGGCCGACUCGCGAUGGCUCGGAGAAGAUGAUGACCUACUCGGCGCUACUUACGAGAUGGUUCUCCAGAACGCCAUGAGUUCGGUUCCGCUUCUCGAGAAAAUCGGGCGCGACGCAAGCUUUGGCAUCGACCGUUUCGGCCGUCUCCGCUGCAUCCACCAACACGAGGAGAAUUACAACGGGUUCUUUUGCGAUCUGGUAGCCAAAAUUCAGCAGCGGUUGGAACGCAAGGCAGCACUCCAGAAAGCUAGGGUGACCAUCACAGAAAAGGUGGACAAGUUCUGGGACAUGGUCCUCCUCAACCCCCCCAAGAACGGACAACCGCAUCCUGGAAAAUUGCGGACACUGUACAAUGUGAUGGCAGACAACAUCUACGUGCCCGACUUCAAUCUCCUGCACCUCCACGCAAUUCUUUCACGAUGCCAGCCGGCCCUCUGGGAGGUAUCGCAAUUCGGAACCUUGACCAGCGCGGUGCGCCAGGACCUCGAGAAAGGAAGAACACCCCGACGAUGGGAUCAGCUGUCCAAGUUACGGGAGCUCUUGGGGGUGUUGGAUUCUGGUAAGUUGGAGAGGGCGCGGGAAGAAGGUACCGACAAGGUCCUCAUGGUGCUCGAGCGCGACUGGGAGACCGUUGGGCCAAUGUAUGACUGCAUUAAAACUCUGAAGAGCGACCUCGAAGCCGCCAUCAAAGAGAUUCAUAAACCUUGGUGCGGCCUGAGCGACGACGAGUCGAGAGACGGUGCUGCCAACAACUGA